ACUAGCGCUAAAUCCUUGCAUGUGAGCUCUCGGCGCCGCUCGACCAUCACCUUACCUCAGCCAUGUGACUGCAACACCAGAACAGCCAUGGCCGUCAAAAAGCGCCAAAAGACUCUGUCGCAUGGUCGGCCGCCCGUCAGUAAACCGAAAGAGCGGAUGACCUCGGAGCGCUCCAGGACUAUCAUUCGCACCCAUCACCGACUACAGAAGGAGCAUGCAGCAGCUUUGAAGAAGGGGGAUGCGAGCUCAGCACAAGAGAUUGCGCGAGCUAUCGAGAAGAAUGGCGGCAUCAAGAUGUACCAGGCUGCAAGCAAGCAAGGCCAGGCGAAAGACCGGGGUGGUGAUUCUAGCAAGUUGUUAGUCGACUGGCUCCAGCAAUCCAGGGUCUUGGACCCCAAAGCACGGGAUCGUCGAAGGGCUGGCGACGCCGAACUUAGAUGUCUCGAAGUCGGAGCUUUGUCGACCAAGAACGAGAUCUCCAAGUACGCAAGUGUUAUCGACAUGACGAGGAUCGAUCUGAACAGCCAGGGCCCGGGCAUCGAAAAGCAAGAUUUCAUGGAGCGACCACUUCCUACAUGCGACAACGAGCGCUUCGAUAUUGUCUCCCUAUCUCUAGUACUCAACUAUGUUCCGGAUGCCGUUGGUCGAGGCGAGAUGCUGAAGCGCAUCACUAGUUUCUUGAGAAAGGGGACUGAGACAGCCGAUUCUGUGUUGCCAGCUCUUUUCUUUGUCCUCCCUCUUCCGUGCAUCGACAACUCGCGCUAUCUCGACGAAGAGCUGUUUCUGGGGAUCAUGGGCGAUCUCGGUUUUACGAUGAGAUUCAGCAAAAACACCUCAAAGCUGUGCUACUACUUGUUUACUUUGACAAAUGAGCCUAAGGCUGCGACGGCCGAGAAAAGGAAGAUCAGAGAUGGAUCAGGAAUGAACAACUUCUGCAUCGUUGUGGAAUGAACGUCCAGAUGACGGCAGCUUGUCAUUAGUUGCCAAAUUACGCCGUUCACGCAGACUUUACUCGGCGACGAAGCAAGGCGAGAAUGCGCUCGAGCGCAAUUGGUUUGCCAUACAAGUCACAGACGAUCAAGAGGAUACUACUCCCGCAUUCUUUGGGAAUAGCAUGAUGUCACGAGAUCGUAGCGGUUCUAGUCGGCAUAGCCCUUUUCCAAGCGGAGACUUCGACUUGUGUGCUGUCACCGCGACUACAACAAUUCUGGCUACACCCGAAUGCAAGCGACUUCUCAGCAAACAAUCUCUCUAGAAGGAGCCGAUAUUUAGAUUGAUGGUGGGAGUACCACCGACGCCAUUGCGGGGCCGUUAUUGCAUGCUCUAGCCUGUUGUACUUGUAUGAGGGAAAGCUCGGAUCUGCAUCAUACACAUCCCGACAUCCAUUUAUGGAUUCAUACUU